AUGAAGUUCUUGAAGGAGUCUACAACUAUGCCUUUACCCAAGUUGAGCAAUUCAAAUGUGUCGAAAUCUUCAGUACCAGGGUUCGUCAGACCAUCACAAGAUACAACAAGACGUGAAUAUCUUCCGAUCAAAAGAACUAAAGAAGGUUUUGAUCCUAAUGCUUAUAAGCUCAUGUCAAAGGCCAGUUAUGACUUCGGCUUAUCUUAUUCGCUGGGGGAGCUUAAUCCAGAUGUCACAGGAGAAAGGACGCAUAGCCUUAGCGAAACCCAAAAGAAGUUGAAAGAGCAAGGUUACAUGAUUGACUUAGCUAGAGCAGGCCUAGGUUUUACUCCUGUUGUACUUGUCAAGAUCUCUACUAGAAGAAAAGAAAAGAAGGCAGAAGCUCAACACAUUAGUAUCGAAGCAGUUGAGGAGGAAGAAGAACCAAAGGUUAUUAAGAGAGCCUCAGUGUUUGGCUGUUUAGCCAAGCCUACCCAGCGGACCUCAGUUUUUAGCAGCAUUGAAGAAUCGACAUCACGACCUUCUGUGUUGAAAAGGAUAUCUGGACAUAGGAAUCAAAGAAGAAUCCAAUCAGCUCCACACAGAUCGGCGCUAGAAAGACUCGGAGUCCUAAGCAAGCCGUCUGAAGAGGAAAGCCAGCGAGAGUUAGAAAGUGGAGUUCAUGUUGAUUCGACGGAAGAUAAUGAAAUUCGGAGCCUAAUCCCGUCACGUAUGAAACGUCACUCAACAUUAGACGUAACUUCAGGUGACCAACUCAAAGUGAAACGACGAACAAUCAUACAAACUUGGAAAGCUUUGUGUCAACAAAAUGAAAGUGACGAUGAAGAAGCAGAGAUUCUAGCUGUUCAUCACGUUACGAUUAAAGAGCUCGAUGAAGAGGAACCUUUCGAGGAUGAGGUUCAUAAUGCUCCUACUGCAUUAGAAGAUGGGGGCCAAGCGACUGUUGAUGAAUGA